UUCUGUGUAGACAACUUGAACUUUGAACAGCAGGCUGGGGUGUUUUGAAGGUUACAAAUCGGGGAACAACAGGCAAUUGCCCAGAGCUUGCUGCUUGCAGUUGGCUCCCAAAGCCAUCCUGCUCCGGACGGCUUCUAGCAAGAGUUCAGGGUAAAAUGAGAACAACGGGUGGCUCUGCACGUCUUCCUCUUCCUCCUUCAAACGUUCUGCAUACCGUGCACAGACUCCAAGGAGUCUAACUUGGCUAGACCUAACAAAAGCCUUGCCUGGACCUUUACUUCGUAAUUCAGGGCUCCAGCUCAAAGUCUCCUCUUCCACUGCAGGGCAGGAAACACCACUCAGUGGUCCCUUGGCCAGCCGCCAAUGCCCCAGCUGACAGCCACCCCAGCAAGUGCCCUUGCUGAUGAGCCCGUGCACGUCCGAGCCACCGGCCUGCCUCCGAUGCAGCUGGUGACCAUCAGGGCGACUCUGAAGGAUGAGAGGGGAAAUCUGUUCCGGUCCAAAGCCUUCUACAGGGCGAACGAGGCUGGUGAGCUGGACCUGAAGCAGGAUCCUUCCUUAGGAGGCGACUACGUAGGGGUCCACCCGAUGGGCCUCUUUUGGUCUCUGAAGCCUGAGAGGCCUUUCGGGAGGCUGCUGAAGAAGGAUGUGAUGAACAGUCCCUUUUCUGUCACUCUGGACUUACACAACUCGGUUCACCUCCUGGAGUCGGCCCUGGUGCAGCCUGGAGCCAGUCAGGUGGUGCAGCGCUGGUUCCGACGCCCAGGGACGCAGCGGGUGCAGAUCCGAGAAGGCCGCCUGCGAGGAGCCCUUUUUCUCCCCCAAGGAGAAGGCCCUUUCCCUGGAAUCAUCGAUUUGUUUGGGGGCCUGGGGGGUCUAGUUGAAUUCCGAGCCAGUCUUUUGGCUGCCCGUGGCUUUGCAGUCCUGGCAUUAGCAUAUUUUGCCUAUGAUGACCUGCCCGAACAACUGCUGGAGGUGGACCUGGAAUAUUUUGAGGAAGCUGCCAACUUGCUACUAGCUCAUCCCAAGAUCCAAGGGCCAGGAAUUGGAGUGAUGUCUGUGAGCAAAGGUGCAGAGAUUGGGCUGGCCAUGGCCUGCUUCCUAAAGCAGGUGGUAGCCACUGUCUGCAUCAAUGGGACCAAUGCCAUCUUUGACUUUCCACUCAAGUACAGGGAUCUGGUCAUGUUACCCAUCCACUCCUUUAUGGAGCGCACGGACACUGACGUCUUAGGGGCCGUGCGCCUGAGCCACUUCCGGGGAGACCCCCGGGAUAAAGCGAAUCAGCAGAGCGUGUUGCCCAUUGAAAAGGCUCAAGGUCAGAUCCUCUUCAUAAUAGGAGAGAAUGACCAAUCGACAAAUAGUAGAGAAUACGCUAAGCAGGCCCUGGAGCAGCUGAAGAGUCAUGGGAAAAGCAACGGAAGGAUGCUGGUCUACCCUGGGGCAGGCCACCUCAUAGAGCCACCCUAUGCGCCUCUAUGCUACGCUUCACGGAACAAUGCCAGGUCCCUAAUCCUGCUCUGGGGAGGGGACCCGGUUGGGCACGCGGCUGCCCAGGAGCACGCCUGGGGAGAGAUCCAGAAGUUCUUCAGGCAACACCUCACACAAACCAGAAGCCAACUGUGAGCAAGGGCUAAGAGUGAGAUAAUGUAGGGAGACAAAAAAUGAGGGUAAGGCAGGGAUGUGGUGAGGAGAGGGGGCUCUCCUGAUUUCUCUCUAUUCACAGUCAUCUUGCAUGAACUGGACUACAAGUGGUCAAAAUCAAAGGACCAGGCAUAGGUUCACCUGAAAUAUUUCUGAUAAAUUGUACGACUUUGAAUUUUUGUGAAUUGAGUCUUAGUUUAUAUGCACCAGCAUUAUGUUGCUAUCUUAGUGCGAACAAUAAUCUUUUAUACCCCAGUUUGGAUCCAGGUUUUGGCAAUCUAGAUAAAUUCCCUGGAACUUCAAAGUUAUUUGUAGAAAUAUGUUUUCUGCUUGAACUAUUUUGAGUUGAGUCUGUGACACUUGAUAUGAAAAGCUCUAAUACCACCAUCAAGUGUGAUGCUUGCCAUAGAUUGCCAGUAGAUACUUUAACUUCCGUUUUGAAGAAUAGGAAUACUUCUUGUUAUUUGUGAAAGAUAUUAUCACAACUUCAAUCAGGAAUUGCAUUGAAUUUAAUCAAGUGUCUUCAUAGCAUUUAUUGAAAUUAAAUGAAUUAAUGUAUUAAAGCACUUGGAACAGUGCUUGGCACACAGAAAUUCCUAUAUGAGUUAGCUACUAUAAUUUUCAUAAUGCUUUCCUCCUUCAAUCUGAUAAUGUGGUGAAUUACAUUCAGUAAUGAACUAAUUUUGCUUUCUCAUAUUGACUAGUUUUAAAAUAUACCAUGGAGCCAAUAAAUUUUCACUCGUAUUUUCUGGAGCACAUUGUUCUCUUACAGUUUUUCACAUAUUCCUUGUUGUUUAUUUGCACGCUCUCUCUUUUUCCUUUCCAGUCUGACUUGCCCAAUACUUGUCUAUUUUGUUGAUAUUUUUCAAGAACAGCUUUAGGUUUAUCCAUCAAAUCUACUUUCUCCUGAUUCGUCAAUUUCUGUCUCUUUAAAAUGAUACCAUAUGAUUUCACUCAUAUGUGGAAUCCAAUGAACAAACUGAACUAACAAGCAAAACAGAGACAGACUCAUAGGUAAAAAGCAGGCUGACAGCUAUAGGAA